AUGCAAGAAAGAGAGUUCCUGCUGGCUGGAGAAAAACAUCCGCUUAACGGACGCCGUGAUCGGAGGAUUCCCGCUAGUUUAGCCCCAUCCGCGGGGAUGCACGUGAUGGGCACUGACCACAUAUGCGCACCUGGCGGCACAGAUACAAGUGUUCUUGGCACAGCAUAUCACGGCCCUCCUUCGGAGGACGAGGUGUGCAUUGAGUAUAGAGCCGUUGGGACAGGCCGGAGACUAGUUGAUAGGGCUGGGACAUUUGCUUUGGAUCAUGGGCUCAAGGAAGGUGAGGAUGUGGAAGAGAGGGACACGGAAUGGUGUGCUCUCGACGGCUCAGAAGCGAGAGGCGCUUAUUAUUGCAGCUUUGACAAGCCAUUGAAGUCAUGCCAGCCUACUUUUGGGCCUCAAUAUCGUUGCUUGGUCUUAGACCCUUUUAUGCUUGAAGAUAGCUGGACUCUGGGAUACACCGGUUGGUGA